UCCGUAGUCCAGCCCCCUUCGUUAAUGUACUUCCAGUGCUAUGACCUUUGUUUACUGUCUGUCUGAUCGGUCUAGUUAAAAAUAGACUUAACUGCUCGCCGUGGUAAUUAUAUGACGAACUGGUUUUUCGGUUUAGCCUUUCGGUCGCUUCAGUAAAUGGUCGACAUGAAUUCUGCCGCGGCCGUAAGCUUUCGACGUUUUUGCUCCCAGGGUGAUUUUCCACCACCGAGGCAACAACAAGUGAGCUAGCUAGCUGGUUCUCCGUUAAGCUUCGUUGUGCUCCCCACGUCGUCACCUUCUGCUGAUUACUGUCAGACUAAUUAGCAGCUCCUCGGGCUCUCACACAAGUGAAUACCGAAAGCUGAAGCCGAUAGAGGUCCUGAAGACGACGAGCAGGCUGGUCAAGUAGACACCAGUCUCGAUUGUAUAAGCUAAAAAUAGAUUUUUAUUUUUCCUCUUUAAGCCAUGGCAAUGGCCUGUAGUUUCCUAAACACGGAUGAGGCGUCUCCAGCGGCUCUGACAGACCUGUGCCUCACCUACGUGAGCCAAAACCUGGAGUGUUUCUGUGUGAAGCGCCCUGAUGGUUCCUUCUGCUUCAGGGAGGCUGUUCUCUUCCCGCAGGAGCUGGCAGACCAGCUGCUGGCCAAAAUGGCCACUGAAGGUCUGCUGAACGACAGCACAGUGGGUGUAUUUCGGAACUGUGAAUAUUUGCGGUUGAGACGUGCCUGCAUCCGUACGGCGCGCAUCUCUGCAGAGGCCUUCCAGAAAGCCCUGUGCCCUCACAGACUGCUUGAGCUGGACGCUGCUCGCGUCAAUGCAGACCUAACCAUUCCUGAUAUCUUGCAGGGGCUGGCCACCAAUAAAUAUUGUCAGGAGUCCCUCCAGCGACUUGUCCUAACGGGUCUCACCAUGUCUUCUCUGGAGGAACCAAUCUGGUAUCGCUUCAGCGCCCUCCAGGGCUUGCGCUCCCUCUCUCUAGCCAACGUAGACUUCUACGACUCUGGGCUAGUUGAUGUGUGUUCUCUGCCUCGGCUGGAGAGCCUCGAUCUUUCCAAUACAUCAGUCACAAACCUGAGCCCGCUGCUAGGCCUGAAGGAGCGGCUGCGCUCUCUUACACUGCACCAGCUGAAAAGGCUGGAGAUGAGCACUGCUCAGCUGCUGGGAGUCAUAGGCCAGUUGAAUGUAUUGCAGCACCUGGACAUUAGUGACGAUAAACAGUUUACCUCUGAUGUGGCUCGUCAACUGCUCGGACAGCCGGGAAUACUGCCCGCCCUUGUUUCCCUAGACGUGUCGGGGAGGAAACAGGUGACAGACGCAGCUGUUAAGGCAUUUGUUGAAGAACGGCCAGGAAUGACCUUUGUGGGACUUCUGGCCACAGAUGCGGGUUUUUCUGACUUCCUCUCAGGGGAAGGAAAUCUAAAGGUGACGGGAGAAGCUAAUGAGACUCAAAUCUGCGAGGCACUGCGGCGCUACAGUGAGAGGGAAGGUUUUGUGAGAGAAGCUCUCUUUCAUCUGUUCAGCCUGACCCAUGUCAUGGAGAAACCAAGGCCUGACAUCCUAAAGCUGGUAGUUUUGGGAAUGAAGAAUCACCCAUCCACUCUGAAUGUCCAACUGGCAGCCAGUGCCUGUGUGUUCAACCUGACGAAGCAGGACCUGGCAGCAGGGAUGCCGGUUCGAUUGUUGAGCACCGUCACUCAGCUUCUACUGGAAGCCAUGAGGACUUUCCCCAACCACCAGCAGCUGCAGAAGAACUGCCUGCUGUCUCUGUGCAGUGAUCGCAUUUUGCAAGAGGUUCCAUUCAACAGGUUUGAAGCUGCCAAACUGGUCAUGCAGUGGCUUUGCAACCAUGAAGACCAGAACAUGCAGAGGAUGGCUGUGGCAAUAAUCUCCAUACUGGCUGCUAAAUUAUCCACAGAGCAGACGGCCCAGCUGGGAGCAGAGCUGUUUAUCGUGAAACAACUGCUCCACAUCGUGCGUCAGAAGGCAACUCAGGGCGUGGUGGAUGCCACCCUCAAAUUUACACUGAGCGCGCUCUGGAACCUCACUGAUGAAUCACCAACAACCUGCCGCCAUUUUAUCGAGAACCAGGGGCUAGACCUGUUCAUUAAAGUUCUAGAGUCGUUCCCCAAUGAAUCUUCUAUUCAGCAGAAGGUUCUCGGGCUUUUGAACAAUAUAGCGGAGGUUGGGGAGCUGCAUGUAGAGCUCAUGGUGCAGGGGUUUCUGGACCACAUCAGGAAUCUGCUGCACAGCCCAGAAGUGGAGGUCAGCUACUUUGCCGCAGGCAUCCUCGCACAUCUGACAUCACGAGGAGAAGAGGCCUGGACGCUCAGCCACAGCCUUCGGUCCUCACUGCUUGAGCAAUUGCAUGCUGUCAUUAUGAAGUGGCCCCCACCUGAGUGUGAAAUGGUGGCCUACAGAUCAUUUAACCCCUUCUUUCCCCUACUGGAGUGUUUUCACACCCCCGGUGUCCAGCUGUGGGCAGCGUGGGCCAUGCAACAUGUCUGCAGCAAGAAUGCUUCUCGCUACUGCAGCAUGCUGUUGGAGGAGGGUGGUCUGCAGCAGCUGGAGCAUGUUCAUAAACACCCACAGACCCACAGAGACGUCAAACUGCUGGCUGAGAGCAUACUAGAGAGCCUCCAGCGGCACAGAGCCCGCACUGGCCAGCCACUACACACACACACAAGUCGCCGCCCACCACCGCAGUAACCUCACGGAGAAAAUCAGGGUCUCUGGUGAAGAAGAGGAUAUUAAGCUGGGUCUCACCACGGAUGAGGGUGGUGGUCACGUGUUUGUGCGUGUGUGUGUGCAUGUCUCACACACAAACAUGGACUGAGAAGAAUUCCUCAAAACGGAGACAUUGCAAUUCUUUGCACACAGUUAUCUUAUUUAUUUCCUUGUUGUUGUUUUUUUUUUUGUUUGUUUGUUUUUUAAAAACAGAAAUAUUUCUCUGUGUGCUAAUCCUAGAAUAAGAAAAAAAAAAAGUUAAGUUAUGAUAUGCUGUCAGUCACUAGAGCUCAAAUCAUGAAGUUUGUGUUUGGGCUUGUUCCGGUCAGCCUUUGGCAUCAAGAAGAUUUGCAUCCAUCCAUCUUCUUACACUUAUCCGACUCUAAUUUGAUUUUACUUCUUACCAGAAACAAGUCAGUGCACACUCACAGAUCUCAGUUUGGGAAUAAUUCCCCAGAGCUCAGCUGAGGGCCAACCCCCUGUUACCCUCAUAUGUUGCAGAGUUCUCUGGUUGUCUGAACUGGUUGAUUAGCUCACUGCAUAUACGCAUGCCGCUGCCCUGAGCUCAAGCAUGCUGGAGUUUGUCUGAACGCUCGUACUGUUCAUUUUAGGAAUGCCUGCUUGUUUGUUUACGGCAGUGCUCAGUUCACUGAAACCCACGCCUCUGGGUCUGCAAUACUACUGCUGCUCUACUCUUCAUUUAGUCUUUUAUCAGCAAAUGCCUUUGAUUUGAUGUGACAGGACACUUGCCGAGGGUGUGUUCAGUGGGUUCAGAUGUUCCAAACGUUCAAACACGAUAACCUAACUUAUAGAGUUGGCUUUCUGAGAAACUCAUUUACAUUUUAUUUUUUAUUUCUAAAGAUUGGGCAGCCCUAAAUCAGUCCUUUCAGUGGCAGAACCGGCAGUGCAGAAAGCUCGAGAGCAGAAUUUACGUGAUAAGCUGAGUGCUACAGUUGGAUGUGUCUGUUUACGUCCAAGUGUACUUCCCUGGACAUGAAUGGCAAUAAUGAUGUGGCCAACAUAGUAAGGACAGGUGUACAUUUGUAUUGAGUCGCAUCUGUUUUCUCUUCUGAAAAACGUGUAUAUAUUUAUAUAUAGGUAUGCUUUGUUAUGCGUCCGAGUGUCUUAAAGACACAGAGCAUGUGUGCAUAUAUGUGCUUGUACAAGUAUCUGCAUCUCAAAGAGUGUAUGUAUUUGUACAUAAUAGAGAAUGAGGGGGGAACUGUCCAGGAGUAGUUGCAUGAAAAUUAUUCUACUGUAUGUUCCUUUUUUUUUUUUUUCCAGUUCUAUCUGAUUAAGAACAAAGGAGGGGGGGUAAACAGAGGAAAAAAUGUUUAUACAACAAGAGUGGAAACAUUUAAAAUAUUUAAAGAUGGUUUUUCUGUUCUAAAGUGAGCACCCACGUGAUACUGGUGUCCUACAGGGGGGGUGCCAUUUUACCAGUUAUACUUCUGCUGUCCAUAGACUUGAUGUAACAGCUUAUGCUAAUGGCCACAUUCUUGUUCUUCAUAAAGAUUUGAGGCAAAACCUUUAAGCACCAAUGCCAGGGACCGUUAAGGAGAUCUGAAAAGAUUAGUAGAUGUGUGUUGAUAUAAAUACAAAACAAUGGGCUCAAAAAUGGUAUUUAAGCAGCUGUCAGCAAAGCAUACACAAACCUCAUCUGCUUAGUGAAUUGUGGCCGUAUCGUUCGCUGUAAAUCAGUUGUUUAUGAGCAUAACUGCAAGUGUCCCAGACUAAUGGGAAUCAAUUACCACAAGGAUAAAGUUUUAGAAGACAAACCUUUUUUCCCCCCCCACUUCAGAAGAGUCAUAUUGUUUAGUUGAGCCCCUGAACAUCGCCCUGGAUUAAAGGCCAGUUUUUACUUUUUUCACAAGAGUUUUAAUUCAAUUGGAAGGUGCAGAAAGUCGAGGUACUGUACAUCUGCUGUGAUUGUGCCAUGUUGCUGCUCAGAAUUGCAUUUCCAAGUUUAGAAAUAAAGAAUGUACAUUGCCAUAA